AUGUCGACUGCACUCUUCUAUAGUAUCUUCUCCGUCGCCGUAAUCCUUAGUCCACAGUUAACUGUGACAGCACAACCAUCGGCUGCUGUGUGUGAUACAACCUGGUCUAAUGAAAAUGCAUCUGCUGCAGUUAAUGCUCAAUGGUACAAUGCAAAUGCAUGUGCUGUAGCUACUGCUCAAUGGAACAAUGCAUCGUGGCGUAGUGAUCAGGUGGGUGCCAUGCAAAAUGCCAAUUGGGAAAAUAGUUCAUGUUCAAUUUAUAUUAUUACGAACUCCUCAUGCAAUCAAGGAUCUGUGCCCAUACUGGCUGUGAAUGCCACAUGGCCUGAACAUGUUCAGACAACUGUAGAAUUUGCCAGUGCAAAUAAUCUUCGUUUGGUCAUCAAAACGACAGGACAUGAUUAUUUGGGUCGAUCAACAGCCGCUGAUUCUCUUCUUCUCUGGCUUCAUUAUAUGAAAAACAUGACAUUCAUGGAAAAUUUCACAACGUGUGAUGGUUCUAAUCUGUCGAACGCUAUUCGUGUCGGUGCCGGUGUGCAAUGGGGUCAAGUAUACGCAUGGCUGACUCAAUACAAUUUGACGGCGAUCGGUGGAGCAGCAUCCACUGUGUGUGCCGCUGGUGGUUACUUGCAAGGGGGUGGUCAUAGUCCAUUGUCACGUUGGAAGGGCAUGGCUGCGGACCAAGUACUCGAAUUCGAUGUUAUCAUGGCGAAUGGACAACGACAGACAGUAAACGCCUGUCAAAAUACCGAUUUGUUCUGGGCAUUACGAGGUGGAGGUGGUGGCACUUUUGCUAUUGUACUCUCAGUCGUCCUACGAACUUAUCCAUCACCGCCCCUCGUGGUAGGUUUAUACAGUAUCACCGCAUCUAAUGGGACCACCUACAGUAGUUUGAUUCAUAACUUUAUUGGAUACUUACCCACACUGGCCGAUCGCGGAUGGGCCGGAUAUUUCAACAUGAAAGAUACCAAUCUGGUGAUCUCAUUCAUUCAGCCGUAUGGAAAAUUGACUGAAGCCUAUGCAAUAUUGCCCUAUCUAUUAACCAACAAUACAGAUUCACAAAUCAAUUACAAUUUCACCACUGCUGCACCCUCAUUUUACGAUUUUUUUAUCCAAGUUCUUGCACCGGGAAAUCCAACAGGUUACAAUGUCUUGCUCGGUUCACGUCUCAUACCGGAAACGAUUGUUCGUAAUCAAUCAUAUCAACUCGCUGAAACAUUCCUUCAAGCCAACGGGUUAAGUCAAACUGGAUCGACUCUUUUGGGACAUCUGGUAGCUGGUGGUCAAGUGUCUAAUGUAUCAAGCACGAACAAUAAUAGUGUUAAUCCAGUCUGGCGCACAUCUCUUCUUCACAUGGUUUUCGCAGUAACAUGGCCCGAUGAAAUAUCCGAGUCUCUUCUACAAGAGAUUCCUGCAUAUGUCAGAAGUCAAGUAGCAAUCUUACAAACAAUGGCAGGUGGUUCACAAUCUGGCUGCUAUUUGAAUGAAGCCGAUCCAAAUGAACUCAAUUGGCAACAGAAAUUUUUUGGUACACAAGCCAACUAUGAUCGACUCAAAUCAAUCAAACAAACAGCUGAUCCACUCGGAUUAUUUGUCUGUAAGGAUUGCGUGGGAAGUGAUGAUUGGUCAUCAGAUCUCAAUUGUCUAUUAACAUCAAGUGCUACGAAAGUCGGAGUAACAAUCAUGUUCGCCAUAAUCGAAGUUGUUGUAUUGGCACAUUGA